AUGAAAAACCAAAACGACAAAUUAGAUAACCUAAAGGACUUAGCACCAUUUUAUAAGAAAGACAAUGAAAAGUUUAGCGAAAAUACAGAAGAUAUUGUAUAUUCUGUCAAAAAAAAAUUCAAUGUUAUAAAAGAAAAGGGUGAAAGUACAUUUAGCAAAUAUGAAAAUACUAAGAAAAAUUUGGAGCUUCUAAACCGAGAGCAAAAACUUAACAAAAUAUCUCUAGGACAUCAAAAAAAUGAAUAUGAGGACCUAAAAUCGAAAAAUGAAGGAAUAUUGAACAAAUUUGAAAAUCUCAAACACUCAAAAUAUACUUAUCAAAUAAUGCUCCAAAGAAUUAAGAAAGAAAAAAAAAUGUUGUAUUUUUAUUUAAACUCUCUAGAGAGAACCGUAAAAAGUUUAAAAAAUACUGAAAAACAGCAUCAGAAUAUUAUUCAAAAAAUCACAUCAGAAAAUAAAAAUUUGAGAAAAUCUAUUGAAGAUAAAAAAAUGGAAAUUAUUCAAGCCAAAAAUAAGAAUGAAGAAAUACUAAAAUAUAUGAAUGUCAACAAAGAACAUAGUAAUAUAUUAAGAAUAAGAAGAGAAAUGAUUAAUGAAUACAAAAACAAUAAAUUAAAUAAUGCAGACAUAAGCUUAAUGAUACAAGAAAAAAGAAAAUUCAAAAAACUUUUAAUUUAUUAUUUAUUAUACAAUAAUUACUUAAAAUUAAGUGCCUCGAGUAUUUUUGAAAAUGCAAGCAACAUAUAUUCUACAAUAUCAAAAAUGAGAGAAGCAACAGGUGUUACGGAUAUAUACGAUAUUAAUCAGAAGUUUUUAGACAUUGAAAAUAAACAAAACUUGUUACAAAAAGAAGAGGCAUUAUCUCAAAAAAAACUUGAAGAUGCUAUUAAAGAAUAUAUAUCUCUGAAUAAUGAAAUAAUAAAUACAUUUUCAGAAGAUAAGGAUAUAAUAAAAGAAAAAAUUUUAUAUGAAAAGGAAAAGGUGUCAGAUGAUAUAUAUGAUCUUUAUAAACUCGUUUUCGCAAGUGAAAAGGAGCUAGAAGAUAUUAACAUAAAAUUGGAUAAAAUUCAAAAAUUCUUAGAAAACCAAAAUAAAUACUUUUAUUCAAUAAAUAUGGAGGAUAAAAUCGAAUUCAAUUCUAAUGAAGAUAUGCUGGAAUAUAUCAAAAACCUGAAAAAUGUCUUAGAGAAACUUAUGAUGAUAACCCAGAAAAAUAGAGAGAAUGGAAAUAUUAGCAGAUCCUACAAGUCUUUGGAAUUUUUGGAAAUUAUCAACUUGUACAAAAAUGUAGAUUUUCAUAAAAACAUGUGCAGAGUUAAUGAUGCCCAAGAUCUAGAAAACACCAUAAAACUCGAAUCGAAAAUAAUAACAAAAAAGCCCCAUUACUGA